AUGUCUUAUACAUUUACGCCAAAACAAAAAUUUACUCCCAAAAUGAUUUCCCGGAUAGGAAAAAACAGUGCAGAUAGAUUUAUGAUUUUAGGACAGAGAGAUGAAAUAGUUAGUGGAAAAUCUCGCCAAAAACAGUUUCGCUUCGCCCCAGACGAAGAUGAAGAUCUAAAAGAAUCUCUCAUGAUAAAUGAGCUAAUUAAAAAAGAAGAAAUGGCUCACGAUGUAAGCGAAGACAAUUCGCCAAAGAUCCCUAAAUUAUCUCCAGCUUUUCGAGCACAAACCCGUGUGGUCAAGCAUAAACUCACUCCACCCCUAUCACUACCCUUAAUAUCAAGCUAUCUAGUAUUGAUAAUAAGAAAUAUAAGAUAUUGCAGUAUUUUCGCUCUAAGCGAUUUAAAACCUUUUGUAGCUUGUCUACACUUAUAUUAAUACCUUAUUUUAUAUCCCUACUAUAUACAAAAUUUUUAAAUGGAUAGCAAAUUAGCUCAUAUUUUCAUAUUAAAUUGAAAUAAGAUAUAUCGUGUUUGAUAUGUAAAAUAAGUUAUUUGAGCACAUUAAAUUUGCUAAAAUGUAUUAAUCUUGGGAAAUCGAUUAUAGAUAUUGCAUGCACCUAUGAUACGCAAUUAUGCUUAAUUAUUUAUUUUUUUUUAUCAAAUUUUAAAGCAGAAUACAGUCGGAUUCAUGAUUUAAAACAUGGUAAUUAAGCGAUGUCCACUGGUAGUUUGGGUAUUAGGGGUGGUGGGGAGUGAUAGGGGGUAGGUGGGGUGGGGUGGGUUUAUGUUUGAUGCCCGUGAAGACUAUUAUCGAAAUAUUUCAGGUAAAAAUUGUGCUCCUCCAUGUGGCCAUUAUAACCCGAGCUUUGAAAUUACUCAAAAACAUAUACAAUCUCCAAGACUAAAGAAAACUAAAAUUGAAAUAAGACAAGCGACAACUGCUCAAAAGCAGUUUAGACACAAAAUUAAAAAGGAAAAAAAUUUCAGCAAUAGCCAUUUACAAUCUGCAAUUCCAUUUAAUAAGCAAUUGAAGAGAGGAUCAUUUCAUAAUAUAUCUGUAAAUGAGCAAAGAUUUGUUCAGCAAAAUUUAUCACCAGAAAUUUGUACAAAAUUCAAAAAAGUAACGGUGCCAGAUAUAUCGAAGCAACUUGCAAGGAAAGAGUUUUAUAGAGUUUCUGAUUGUGCACCAGAGUAUAAACCAAAUAAAGAGCCUUUUUUGAAAAAGCUGAUUAAGUCAUUUUCGUUAGAUAAAUCAAUUGGAAGAAAGGAUGAAAACUUGAAGCAUAUUCCAGAUCCUUAUGAUGUCAAUUAUAGUUUAGUAACACAGAGACAGCUUAAUUUGGAUUUUUCUAAACUUUCAGGGAGAGAGAAAUAUUCUAAUUGUCCAUUACCAUCAUUUAUGCAAGGGGUUAAUAGUCGAAUUUCUUUGGAAGCGCCAAGCAAUUUAUUUUCUUCAAGAUAUUCAAAUUGGGAAUUUUAG